AUGAAUGAGCCAGAGUUUGAAAUUGAUUCAACGACAGGUGAACUAAAAUUGAAGAAACGUAAGAUUGAUGACACGCAACGUAGCUUUGCAAAGCAUUUGAAAAAAACGUUUAAGGGAAAGCCUCAAAAAAUUUACGUUGAAACCAUGCACAUUUCCUGCCAAUCUGACACGUAUCAACCAGGCCACAACUAUGGCGGAGUGAUUAUUUAUCAAUACGACGGCAAGUCAGACUGGAAAACUGCCAACAACACUCACUGUAAGACUGGCUAUAUCGUCGUUCAAGACGCAGACUCGGAUAACGUACAGACAUGGAUAAGUGAAGAGUCUGGUGUAGUUCAAAGAGCUGUCUAUAGAAACGCUUUCGGAGAAUCUGCGAAGGACGUCGAAGUCGUUGGCGAAAGUUUUGCAAUACUAUACGGACAGUUUGAAAAGAAUUCACACAUCUUUAACAACCCACACGGCAGUGCAUUUCAUGAAGAUCGCAGAGAGAUGGAUAAAUUGUCGGAGCAUUGCGUCAGAAAGAUAGUGGAAUACUGGAAAAGAGUAGGCUCUUCCCGGGUAGAACAGAGAAAUUUUGAAGUGAAGGAAUUGCUCCAAGAUUUUGAUCA